GUUGGCCGGGUUCAUCAAAAUGUAGGCCGGAACAAAAGUUCCGAUGGUAACCAAUAUCACGACCACCAUCUACGGGGGCCCGACGUGGUUGGCAUCAGAGAAGAUUCCAGGAUAUACCUUCUGUGAAAGAUGAAAAAUCGAAUUGGGUGCUAGAGAUUGGGGAUUUUUGUUUAUGGGGGAGGCACGGGAUUGUACGGUAGGUAUGAUAGGUAACUCGAUAUCGGAAACUUUACGUAUAAAUUGGUGGUCGUUGUCCCCCUCCCCUCAUGGUAUGAUUCAAUAUAUAGCGGUUCACUAUCAUAGUCGGUUUCUCAUUUGAAGUUUAUUUACUGUGAUCUGAUCCCUUCCUUCUUUGUCCCGGAAGCAGAAAACUAGGAUUUCUAUCUCGGUAUCGAUAUAUCGUAGCCCAACGAUGGCCCCAACCCCAACCCUUCAGCCAUUCCACGUCCUCGAGGAUACCAGGAGGGAUGACAGGACAUUGCCAGCCUUCACGGUGAGCACCACAAGAGGAUUUCUCCCUAGGGACGAACCCAUCACCGAACUCCCCCGCGAAUUCGCUGCGCUAGAUACCCUCCUCCACCGCUGCCCGAUAAGGACCGCCACGGGUGGGCCCGGCCUCCUGGCCGAAGGCCUCUUGGGCGAGGUCGUCGAGCAGGAAUUCCCGAACCUCGUCGAGCACGUAGCCAAGUACGCGAACGACCAAGCCAUGCUGACAGCGCUAUACAGAGACUACAGCUUUCUGGCGAGUUCGUAUCUACUCGAGCCGUGCCAUCACAAUAUGCUAAAGAGCGGAAGUUAUGGGCUUGGGAGGAGUGUUGUGAGUUUCCAACCGUUCAUGGAGUAUGCUGGUAGUUACGCACUCUACAAUUACCGCCUUCUAGACCCCGCGCUAGGACUGACGUACGACAACCUCGCGCCGAUCCGUGCGUUCGAGAAGGGUCUUGAUAGGACCUCGUCCGAGGCGGGGUUCGUCCUCACGCACGUUGACAUGGUGAAGGAGAGUCCCGAACUCGUCGCUGGAGCGGUAAACACUCUUAGAGGAGCGGAACACUACCUUGCGCACGGCGACAAGAAGUUAUUAACCGUGUUUUGGAAAGCAAGAAUGUGGUCCCGCUCCAAACCCGGGGAAUACGGCAACUUCCGGACGUUCAUUUUCGGAAUAACCGGACAAUCAAUGUUCCCCAAAGGCGUGAUCUACAAGGGGGUCUCCGACACGCCAUUCACCUUCCGUGGUGAAUCCGGGGCUAACGAUAGCAUGGUCCCACUAAGCGACAACCUCCUCCAAAUCUCCAUGCCGGAAACCCCCCUAACGGAUAUAUUGAAAGACUUUCGCAAGUACCGCCCGGGAAACCACAUGGAGUUCCUAUCAUGGGUCAAGUCUUCCGCAGAGCAAGUCGGGAUCAAGAAGCUCGCGCUUGAGGAUGCGGAGUCCGCUACACUCUACCUCCACGCCCUAGAUCAAGUCCGCGACUUUCGCUGGCGUCACUGGAAUUUUACGCGCGAGUACAUUAUCAAAAAGACCGCUCAUCCGACAGCGACUGGGGGGUCGCCAAUAAUUAGAUGGCUACCAAACCAACUCAACGCAGUAAUAAACGCCCAGAUGGAGGUAUUCAGGGCCCUUGAGGACCUCAACCACGCCACGCCCGCGGUCGCCGAAGUACGUGAGAAAGUCACGAAGCAAAAGGCAGACUUGACGAAAGAGGUGGAGAAAUUUUGCGCUGAGAGAGGUGUUUGAUGGGAUGGAGGCGACUUUGUUUUUGUUUUUCUUUCUUUUCUUCUUCUAUAUCUUGAAGUGUAUUUCUUUUCAGUGAAACGAACGAACGAAUUCCAUCACGACAAGUUAUCCAUCA